UUCAAAGGCACACCUCCACCCGGUGGCCUCCGGCAGACGCCAUGGUGUCGGUGCCGCCCACAGGCGGCCUUAGCGCGGAGGAUGACUUGGAUCGCACGCCUCUGGCGCGGCAGGUGCAGGGCCUCGACAGUGGUCGGACGGUCGAGGAUGCAGAUCGCGUUCCGGUGGAUGCCCCAGUACGAAGUGGCCAAGAGGAGGAAGAGGAGAUCUUUGAGAUCCGCGACUUCACCAAUGCGUCCAGCUUCGAGCGCUUGUCACACCAGAUCUCCUUGGCGAGCAAGCAUUGGGCGGCCGCCAGUCGCGCAGCCACCACUGGUGCCAGUGGCGCCAGUGAGGAGGUGCUGCAGAUGAAGGAUGGCUUUGAACUUGGGGGCUUCAGGUACGAACUCUUAUUCCAGCUGGUGCCCAUUGGAGAGACCAAAAAGGAGGAUCGACUGGGACUUCAUGCCUUUCCCACGCGUGCUCACCGAUUGCAACGCUGGUUUGGCGUGAGGCAUUUUCUCAUCCUCAGCAUUAACAACCACAACAUUGAUCUGGACAGCGCCCGAACGCUCCUCAGUGCAGCUGUUUUGGCCACUGCAGCCGUGCCCUUGAGACCGCGCUUGAGCUGUUUCGUGCCCGUGGAGGGUGGCCGCAAGCGGGUCUUGGGCGAAGCCCUCCAUGGGCGCCGCACCAUCUACUGUACCGAUUUGCACAGCUCGGUGCAGCCGUCGCUGGAACACUUGGCGGGUCUGUCGGACUUCUUCCGCCGCAAGGUGGAGGCCGAGGUGGGCGAUGACAAGGAGCCAUGCACCAUGAUGGUGGGAGUCCGAUUUACCUACUCUGCAGAUCACUUUGACACUUGGCAAGUCGACGGCGAAGAGGGUGAGGAUGCGAUUGAGUCCAUGAAGCUUCAUUGUUUGUGGCCAGCCUUCCCCCUGGGUGCCUUUGUGGAUGAUGCGAACUUCUCCGAGCUGGACCCCCGCUCCGCGCCCUACUGGAAGCUGCGCCUGCUGCGCCGCAGCGCCGGCGCCGCGGGCGGCGCCACGGCGCCGCGCACGGCGCGCCUGGAGGCGCUGCUGGGCUUCCGCCGCGAGGCAAAGCAGAUCCGCUCGGCGGAGCAGAGCAUGCACAGUCAGGUGCCGAAGACGGCCAUGGCCUCGUUGACGGCGGCGAUCCAGGAGUCCUUGGAGUCCAUCUUGCUGCCCACCGCAGGCGAAAUGCUCUCCAUGACCGAUCUCUGCAUGUCCCUCCCGGUGGUCCCACGGCGCGCCGAUCUGAGCGCCACGUGCGACCUGGGCAGUGCGGCGGGCGCGCGACGUGGAGGGCGCCUGGUGCAGAUGGCGGUCUUGAGCGCCAAGAUGCGGUGCUUCAAAGGAGCUGUCAUGCUGUGGUGCAGCAUGCUGGCGCGCAUGCGCCGGCAAUGGGAUGCUUUGGAAGCUCCCUCCGCGGACUCUGCUAUGGCCACCACUUCUCGGCUGGAUGCGUCCGCCAGGACAGAGCUCUUUGACAGUAGCAUGUGCCUGGCGCAGCAGAAGAUGGAGCUUCUCGAGCGGAGCAUCCGCGCGAAGACAUCGAGCGCUGCGCUGUCCGCUCCGUCGGCUCGCGCCGCGCAGGGCAGCUUCGUGAGCCGCAACGGCCGCAGGAACUGCGUGGUGCCUUCGCUGCUGUGCCCCGCGCUGCUCACCGAGGACUUACGGCUGCAGCGACAGAUGGCGGCCGCCGGCCUGGCCGAGCAGAGCGCCGAGCGCGCGGAGCUGAGCUUGGGCAAGGAGAUGCAGGCAGAUGUGGCCGCCUUCAAGGCAGAGAACAUGGAAGCGGACUUGGAGGAUUUCCUCCAGUGGCGCGAGGAGAUUGAAGGUUUGAGCAAUGGUGGCUUCCCGCGAGCAUGGCUUGAGAAGCUGUGGGAGCAAACAGAUCCUAAGUUGGCCUCAGAGCAACAGAAGAGGCUCUUCGAUCCCUUCCGCGACGCCGAAAUGGCGCUGCACUACUUGGAAAGCAUCGAGGGGCCCCAGCUGCUCCUGCAGCUCUUCCGCGUCUUGCUGCGCAACACCCUCGAGGAGUUGAGCGAUGAGAUGGCCGAAGCCGGCAACCCAACCUACCUCAGAGUGCUUCGCGACCGUGUGGUGUCUACCUCUCUGCAAGCCUUUCGCUGGAAGAGCAAGGAAGAUCAGGAGGAGGUGGACGUGCAGGCCACCUUGGAAGAGCUGACGGAAUUCCCGGAGGAGGAGGACUUGCAGAGCAUCCUUGCAGCCAUGGAGGUCCUGGAAUCGUCCACCAGACUGGCCUUCUCGAUCAGGGCCAAACUGGGGGACCACGCGGAUGGGUUGCUCGAAGAUCUCCUUAGCGAGGGCGAGGCCGACGUGACUCAGCCGGACCAGCGCAUGGCCAUCGAGAACCUCUUCGAGCAAAGCCGCUGGCUGGAGUCGCAGCUUGAUGGACCCCGGUCGCGGGCGCAGCUGGCACGGGCGCGGGUGCAGCGGCCAGGGCAGGAGCGGCUUCUGGGCAUCUUCGAAAGCCUGCCGCUGGCGAAGGAGUUUGUGCUUCAACUGCAACCCUGCGAGACGUCCAACACCCACCGCAUGCGUCGCAUGUACGCGGAGGUGCGGGAGAACCACAUGCGCUUGGCCUUGGUCAGGGAGCUGAGCUUCAGCUAGUCGGUCACCGUCGCACCGCACUGGAGCGAUGCCUUCGACCCGCCCCGGUGGCGCCACGCGGCACGGGGCGUCAGCAGUUCGACCCGGGGACGAGAGGACAGCGGAGUCGGACGUCGAAGCGGAGGACGGAGAAGGCGGAGGAAGCGGAGCGGAGGACCGGCGCCACGCGGAAGGAGAAAGGA